UAUAUAGAUUAUAGGUAUUAGGUUAAGUAAAGGCAAUUUUCUGUAAUUUAAAAUAUUAUGUUGAUAGAUAUACGGUAAGAUUGCGGAGAGGGUUUUAUACCUGAUUUGUAUUAUUAAUUAUAAUCUAUUUUUAUUUUGCUCUGACUAACAUAGUAUUAAUAUUUUGCUUAAUUUUAACAAAGCAUGUCCAGAAAAAAUUUUUAAAUUUCUAUCCAAAUCACUUCCUAAGAAAAAGAUUCUAUCGUUCCAAGAGAUAGACAUUGCUUUCAUACCAUUUGAAAGUCAGGUGGGUGUUGUUUAAUAAUUCACGGUACCAUUUAAACAUUACUAAUUAUUAACAUGUUUAAGUAGCUUAUAUUUUUUAUCUGUCUAUAUUUCUUAGGUGUUUUCUUUGGACAGCCGCAUAACAUUUCAAGCGUGUUUUAAUUCGUUACUUGAGAGUACUCGUAUUCCUCAUUUAGAAACGUUAGCAUUCCAGAUUGCCUCUGUUUGUUAUGCAUUAAAUGAAUAUCCAUCAGUGCGAUAUAUUAAAAGAAGUAACAAUAAAAACACCAAGGACUUAGCACAGCUAGUACUGGGAAGACUGGAUGAACUCAAAAAAUAUUAUCAGGGCAUGGGUGAUGGCUUUGAAAAAGAUCGUUCACAGUUAAUUAUAAUUGACAGGUCAUUUGACUGGACCUCACUAAUUUUGCAUGAGCUCACUUUUCAAGCAAUGGCUCAUGAUAAUUUUACAAUAAAAAACAAUGUUUUUAGGUUUACUGAAAACGGUGCUCAAAAAGAAGUCGUUUUCGACGAUAGAGAUGAGGUAUGUGCAGAGCUGAGACAUCAACAUAUUUACAAUGCGGCAGAUGCUAUGAGAUUUAAAUUAAAGAAUUGUGUGGACUCUGGACUCGCAUCAACUGUUGAUGUCGCACAGAGUACUUCACUUGCUGGUUUAUCUUAUGUUAUUAAAAAAAUUCCUCAACAACAAAAAAUUGUGGACAAUUAUUCCAGAUAUAUGAGUGCACUUAAACAAUGCGUGGAUUUCUAUGGAAAGCAUUUAGAGGACAUUUGUAUUUUUGAACAAGACCUAGCUAUGGGUAAAGAGGCAGUUGAAGAUAAGAUCACUUACGAUGUUAAGAAAAAACUGAUUUCCUUUUUAAUGGAUAAUAAUGUAUCUAUACAAAAUAAGAUAAGACUUAUUAUACUAUAUAUUUUAUUUAUGAACGGAGUAUCAGAAGAUAUUUUUAACGAACUAGUUAACAAUGCUCAACUUUCACCAGCUGAUGUACAAACUAUUCUUAAUUUAAAGAAACUUGGCGUCACCACUGAUGUAGAUGAAAACAAUAAGAAACAUACUGUACCGCGUAAGGAUCGCGUCGACGAAAAUACAUUCCAAGUGUCUCGCUGGACGCCAAAGAUCAAAGAUAUAUUAGAAUAUUGUAUUGAAAACCAUUUGGAUCCUGAUGAAUUUCCUUAUGUGUCUGUUAGAGAGCAUUCAACUGAAAAAUAUAAAGCGUCUAGUUCGAGGUAUAACGCAACGUGGUACAAAGGAAAAUAUCCGAAAAAAGAAGGUUCAAGAAUCAUACUGUUCAUAAUUGGUGGGGUCACGUAUUCAGAAAUGAGGAGUGUUUAUGAAGUUUCCAAGAACUUCAAAAACUGGAACAUUAUAAUUGGUUCAUCCCACAUAAUGACGCCAGAGGACUUCCUCAAAGACUUGUCUGAUCUAAGUGAACAUUAGGUGAAACAUUUAAAUGUUUACAUACAUCGACUUUUGUUUCCCAAAGUAUUGCUGCAUGCAGUCUUAUUAUUAUAUUUAUAUUUUAUGAUUAUAUGGCCAUUUAUAUAUUAGAGUCAAGUUUUAAUCAGUAAUCACAAAAAAAAAACAAUAGUUAAAAUAAGUAAUUAAUAAUUUAAUGAGUUUGAAGUAUUGUGUAUUGAUUGGUAAUUAUUUUUAACAAAACGUUCCACUAAUUUUAUUUCAAUAUUUAAUUAUCAUUGAAAAGGUUGUU